CAGAAGACUUUAAUGCCAUUAAGAGAUUCUUGUGAGCUGCAAAAUCUGACUUGAGUUCAAUUUCAUCCUUCCUCAAUUCCUUAUACAUAGAUAUCUUUUCAUCCUCAACGCGUCCCAAGAAAUAGUGUAUCAGAUCAACAGCAACAACAACAACAGAGACAUCGAGGAUUCAGUCUUUUAUAUAUCUAUUGAUCAAUGAUGAAGAAAAGAGUGAUUAGUACUUGAUCAUUAUGAACUCAAGAAAGCAAGAAACUGGUUCAGGGGUUGAUACCAACAACAGUAAAACAACGUCAACGACUACUGCUACUACUAUUCCAUCAAGUUCUUCUUCAAGGCAGUCAUCUUCAUGGGGAGGAGGGUUUAAAAAUCCAAGAAUAGUACGCGUAUCGCGUAGUUUUGGAGGGAAAGAUAGACACAGUAAAGUGUGUACAGUAAAAGGAUUAAGAGACAGGAGAAUAAGGCUUUCAGUACCAACAGCAAUUCAAUUGUAUGAUCUUCAAGAUAGGCUUGGGUUAAGCCAACCAAGCAAAGUUGUAGAUUGGCUAAUAGAUGCAACUAAAGAUGAAAUUGAUAAGCUUCCACCUUUACAAAUACCACCACCAUCACUCUCUCAUUUCUUCAGUACGAAAGAUCAUCAUAAUUUAGAUUUCGUUGAUACUGGAUUAUUUGGAAAGGACAGGUGGAUUGCUACUACAAAUGAUCAAGAGAGUAGUAAUCAUUUGAUCUUUCAAUCUUCUAAUUUAGGCAUGUUAAACACCUUCAGUAAUAGUUGGGAACCUAAUUCAAAUUUAUCAUUAGGUCCAUUUGGAAAUUACCAAGAUCAAUAUCAACAACAACAAAAUAUGCCUUUAAUUCCUUCAAGUUCUCAUCAUCAACAACAACAACUAUAUUUUUGUCCAACUAGUAGUAGUACUACAACAUUGUCAUCUCUUGUUCCUCCAUAUAAUUCCCAUUUCCAUCCAAAUUCGAUCGCGCCAACCCUUCAGUUAACCACUUCUCCUGUGAAAUCUUCCUUCAGUUUACAAGAUCAUCAUCAACACAACCAUAAAGAAGGCAGUGGUUCUUAAGCAUAUUAUACAGUAAGACAUUAAUUAUUAUUCUAUAUAUCUAUCUUUUUUUAUGUUUAUAAACUUUGUUAUACCACUAUAUAUAUAUGUGGUGAUUAAUUAGUAUAUAUAAUUUGUUAGAAGCAUAAUUUUGCUUACUUUGAAAUUAUUAAGUGAAUGCACUUUGAGUUAUAGAUUAUUCAUGUGAAUUGUAAUCUAUGAUGAUUAGGUGCAUCAUGUAGUCUUUAUAUUGUAAUUUAGGUGCAUUCUUUUGUAAUAUUUUAAGUUUAGAAUCAUCAUUUAGCAUAGAUUAAAAAAAAAAAGAAGAAGACCUUUUAGUUUGUAAUGUUGAUUUUUACAAGUGUGAAGGUUUCCUAAUUAAUGAUUUAAGUGUGUUUAAUUU